UUAAAAUUUUAUAAUAUGUAGGGAUGCAAUAGAUCAUAAAAAAUAGCCAUCUGUACAGUUGGUUUGCCAGCAAGAGGGAAAACAUAUAUUUCUAGGAAAUUAAAUCGUUACUUUAAUUGGUUGGGUUAUAAGAGUAGAGUAUUUAUUAAUGGAAAUUACAGAAGAGAAAUAUGUGGUACUGAAUGUAAUUCUUUAUUUUUUGAUCCUCACAAUGAAGAAGUAUAAUAAAUUAUAAUAAAUUUAGGCUUAAAAAGCUAGAAGUGAUUGUGCUAAAAUGGCAUUAUAAGAUUUAAUAUAAUUUCUUAAAAAUGGAGGAGAUGUAGGAAUACUAGAUGGAACAAACAUUACAAAAGAAAGAAGACAUUAGAUUGAAAAUGAGUUGAAAUCAUCUUUUAAUGGAAUUUAAACUCUAUGGAUUGAAUCUAUAUGUAAUGAUUCUAAAGUGAUUUAAAAUAACAUAAGACUAACCAAGAUUAAUAAUCCAGAUUAUUGUAACAUGAACUCUGAACAAGCUACAAUAGAUUUCCUUAAUAGAAUUAAGAUGUACGAGCAAAUAUAUGAAACUAUAACCGACGAUGAGAAUCUCUCAUAUAUCAAGACUAUGAACGUCGGAGCAGACGUACAAAACAUGUUUCCAUGCUUAGAUUAUUGUUCAUUAAGUCUUUGGCUUUCUGUUGUCCAAGAUCGUAUCCUUUAUAAUGAAUCUACAUACCUAUCCAAGACCAAUCUACUUAUCUAGACAUGGAGAGAGCCAGUACAAUGUUGAUGAUAGAGUUGGAGGUGAUUCCGAUUUAUCUCAAUUAGGAGAGAUGUAUGCAGACAAAUUGGCAGAUUUUUUCUAUUAAGAAUUUCCAACUAAAGAAAUUAAAAAUGAUAUCAUAUUUUUGACAUCAACAAUGAGAAGAGCUGUCCAUACAUCUGAUGUUGUGGCUUAAAAAUUAGAAAUUUAACCAUUACAAUUAAAGACAUUAGAUGAAAUCAAUGUAGGUAUAUGUGAUGGAAUGACAUAUACUGAAAUUGCAUAAAAGUUUCCUAAUGAUUUUUAAGUAAUCAUUUUAUAAUAUUAUUACUUAUUAGGAAAGAAAAAUCAAUAAAUUAGGUUAUAGAUAUCCAAGAGGAGAAUCAUAUUUAGAUUUAAUUAGUAGAAUUGAACCUGUUAUAUUUGAAAUUGAAAGAUCAAGACAACCAGUUAUGAUAAUAGCACAUUAGGCUAUUUUAAGAUGUUUAUAUGCUUACUUUCACUAAAAUGAGAUACCAGAAGUACCUACUUUAGAUAUACCGUUACAUUGUGUUAUAAAAUUGACUCCUGCUGCCUACUUUUGUGAUGAAAAAAGAGUGUUAAUUAAUCCUUAAACUGGAGAAAUCUCUAUUAAAGAAGAAUAUGUUUAAGAAUUUGUGAGAUCUAAAAGUAAAUAGAAGAGCUUUAUUGAUUUAUGA